UUGAAGCUGCCGUCUCCAUCCGGUGACAGUUGGCGUCAAGACGAGCUUCAGCCUAUCACAGGACGCGGCUUCAUAAUAUGGAGAACAAGUUCAGCGCACAUGCGCCGGCGGAGAUACUUGCCUGCAUUCCCUUUGCCUGAGGAGCUCCGGCGAGAGCGAAGACGGCGGCCAUUGUUCUUUCUCUCCUUUCUCUCUCUCUCGCUAUUCAGCCUCUUUUGAUGUGCCGGGCCCAGUGCGCUGAUCGUCGGAAAUGGCGAACAGCAACAAUACGAAUACUGCUAGCACGCGUCCUUGUGCCACCCGGACAGCUAGCAGCCUAGCUCUGUUGCUUGGACAAGACGGCCCCCCGAAAAAGACGAAAAGAUGGGGGCGAUGGAGCCGUGCCUCUUGAAACCGGCGCCGAUUCGGGCAUGGCCGACACCUCAAAGCGUCGAGUCGAGCCUUUCACGCCCAACACACCAGCAGCACAGCAGGACAAGCAGUACAAGUAGUACAAGCAGUGCAACUACUAAGGUAGUGCGCUUGCAUGGCUAUGGAACCAGAGCGAACCUGCCUGGUGUCUGGCGCCUUGCCCUGGACCGGUGCCUGGCUUUUGACAUGUCCCAACGGGGCGAGCAACGGGCAGGACGGACGAAUCAAAGCGGCAGCCGUCUUGCUAGCCCGACUCCGCAGCGCAUGGGGCGGUUGCAGGGCCUCGCUGGACCAACGGCGGCUAGCCUUUAGCCCUCGACUUAUUUUUCUUUCUGGAAACUGGCGAGGAACGUUUGGUUCGGCGGCCGGGACCUCGGGAGAAAACGACCGCCCAAAAUAAGGCAUGCCCGGCACAGUUUCGCCUCGCACGGAGUUGAUGCGGCUUGAUGGAGCCGUGCCCUCCUACAGGCGUCCCAUGCCAUCGAGGCCGCUCGCCUUUGCUUUG